AUGUUGCGCAAUCCCGAAAUUGCCAUUUUUGUUAUAUACUAUUUGCUGGGAGAUGUCGCCAUCGAUCUAUCAUCCUGUGCCAACGAUUUAUACAAAAUCCUUGCAGCCUCUUUGAUAUCAUCGAGUGAUGAAAUUCGCGAACGCGCUGUAUUAUGCGUUGCUGUGAUAGCUAGAAAAACUACGGAUGCUGCAGCUCUUCAGCGAUUGGUCGAUGGAAUAUUUGCAACUUAUUCAGGCUCGGACGGGAAAAUCUCAUCUGUUGGCCAACGCAUCAGUGUUCUAGAGGCACUAAAAUUGGCUAGUUCGCAUGGAUCAAAGGACAGAAAGGCCUGCGAGACUAUUGCUGCCGAUGUAUUACAGAGGCUAAAUCCGCAGUUGGUUUCUGAAGUUCACCAAGCUACUUCGACAGCAUUAUGGGACGCUUUGAUGGCCUGGUCAGUCCAACUGACAGAUGCUCAUGAAAAAUUGCUGCCCAUUUGGAAGGUAGCACUGAAAUCGCCAGCGCGUUCAGCUGCACUGAAAUCUAUUGUUACGUUAUUUGCUAACGAAAAAAAGGGACGAGUUUUGAAUGCCGACCUGUCAAAGCUAAUUAUGGACAUCUUCAAAACACGCACAAAUACCAGUGAUUUCAUUGUCGCUUCACUUCUGCUGCUAGAUGAUGAAAAAACAUGUGGAAACGUGCGACAAACGCUGGAAAAAGAAGAUUUUUGCAAAGAGAAAUUCAUCGUUUCAUUAAGCACUACUGGUCGGUCGUUUCAAGCGCUAAUUUUGAUAUUUUAG